AUGGCCGCCGCCGCCGCUCUGGAGGCGGUGGCGCCUACGGGCACCCUGUGGGGCCUCGUGCAAGACUUCGUCAUGGGUCAGCAGGAGGGCCCCGCGGACCAAGUGGCUGCAGAUGUGAAAUCCGGCAGCUAUACAGUGCUACAAGUGGUGGAAGCUGUUGGAUCUUCUCUGGAGAAUCCAGAACCCCGAACUCGUGCACGAGGAAUCCAGCUUUUGUCACAGGUGCUACUCCAGUGUCACUCCUUGCUCCUGGAGAAAGAAGUGGUGCACCUGAUCCUAUUCUAUGAGAACCGCCUGAAGGACCAUCAUCUUGUGAUCCCAUCUGUCCUGCAGGGUUUGAAGGCACUUAGCAUGUGUGUGACCCUGCCUCCAGGCCUGGCUGUCUCUGUGCUUAAAGCGAUCUUCCAGGAGGUCCAUGUACAGUCAUUGAUCCAGGUGGACAGACACACAGUCUACAGCAUCAUCACCAACUUCAUGAGAACUCGGGAAGAAGAGCUGAAGGGCCUAGGAGCUGACUUCACCUUUGGCUUCAUCCAGGUGAUGGAUGGGGAAAAGGAUCCCCGUAAUCUUCUGGUGGCCUUUCGUAUUGUCCAUGACCUCAUUUCCAGGGACUAUAGCCUGGGACCCUUUGUGGAGGAGUUAUUUGAAGUGACAUCCUGUUACUUCCCUAUUGAUUUUACUCCUCCACCUAAUGAUCCCCAUGGAAUCCAGAGAGAAGAUCUCAUCCUGAGUCUUCGAGCUGUGCUGGCUUCUACACCACGAUUUGCUGAGUUCCUGCUGCCCCUGCUCAUUGAGAAAGUGGAUUCUGAAAUUCUGAGUGCCAAACUGGAUUCUCUUCAGACUCUAACUGCUUGCUGUGCUGUGUACGGACAGAAGGAGCUGAAAGACUUCCUCCCCAGCCUUUGGGCUUCCAUCCGUAGAGAGGUGUUCCAGACGGCAAGUGAGCGGGUGGAGGCAGAGGGCCUGGCUGCCCUCCACGCCCUGACCUCGUGCUUGUCUCGCUCCGUGCUGAGGGUUGAUGCCGAGGACCUCCUUGACUCCUUCCUUAGCAACAUUCAACAGGACUGCAGGCACCACCUGUGUGAACCCGACAUGAAACUGGUGUGGCCUAGCGCCAAGCUGUUGCAGGCAGCCGCCGGAGCGUCUGCCCGGGCCUGCGACCGAAUCACCAGCCACGUACUGCCACUGCUGCUAGAACAGUUCCACAAGCACAGCCAGAGCAACCAGCGGCGGACAGUCCUUGAAAUGAUCCUGGGCUUCCUGAAGCUGCAGUCAAAGUGGAACAUUGAAGACAAGGAACAAAGCCCUCUGAGAAGCCUCAAGGACCAGCUGUGCUCACUGGUGUUCCUGGCCUUGACAGACCCCAGCUCACAGCUGCAGCUUGUUGGUAUCCGCACACUCACAGUCUUGGGUACCCAUCCAGAUCUCCUGUCUUCUGGGGAUUUGGAGCAAGCAUUGGGUCACCUAUACCGACUAAGCUUCAUGGAGGAGGAUUCCCAGAAUUGCAGGGUGGCAGCCCUGGAAGCAUUGGGAACUUUAGCUGCGCUCUACCCUGAGGCAUUCAAUACCUACCUAGUGCCCAAGCUUGCUGAGGAGUUGUGUGCAGGGAAGUCAGAUUUGGCUCUAGGGGUCGAGCCCACCAGAUGCUCCCGGCAUCUACGCAGUCUGCAGGCCUUGUCUGCUGUUUCAACACAUCCCAGCAUUGUCAAGGAGACCCUCCCUCUGCUGCUGCAGCAUCUGUGCCAGCUGAACAAUGGGACUAUGGUGGCAGGACCGAGCAACAUUAUUGCUAUCUGUCAGAGCCUCCAGCAGGUAGCGGAAAGAUGUCAGCAGGACCCUGCGAGCUGCUGGUAUUUCCAUCAGACAGCCUUGCCUGCCCUGCUUGCGCUGGCUGUGAAGGCUUCCAUGCCAGAGCAGUCUGUCCUAGGAAAAGUGUUGUUAGAGGAUGAAGUUUUGGCUGCCAUGGUGACUGUCAUUGGAACUGCCACCACACACUUGAGCCCUGAAUUGGCUGCCCAGAGUGUUGCCCAGAUCGUGCCCCUCUUCUUGGAUGGCAACUUGUCCUUUCUGCCUGAAAACAGCUUCCCUUGCAAAUUCCAGCCUUUUCGGGAUGGCUCUUCAGGUCAGAGACGGCUGGUCACACUGCUUAUGGCUUUUGUCUGCUCCCUGCCUCGAAAUGUGGAAAUCCCUCAGCUGAACCAACUCAUGCGGGAGCUUUUAGAGCUGAGCUGCUGCCCCAGCUGCCCCUUCUCCUCCACUGCUGCUGCCAAGUGCUUUGCAGGACUCCUCAACAAGCACCCUGCAGGAAAACAGUUGGACGAGUUCCUGCAGCUGGCUGUGGACAAGGUAGAGGCUGGCCUGAGUUCUGGGUCUUCAAGGACUCAGGCCUUCACAUUACUGCUCUGGGUCACAAAGGCCCUGGUGCUCAGAUACCACCCUCUCAGCUCCCGCCUUACAGACCGGCUCAUGGGUCUCCUGAGCGAUCCCGAGCUGGGUCCAGCAGCUGCUGACGGCUUCUCUCUGCUCAUGUCUGACUGCAGCGACGUGCUCACACGUGCUGGCCACGCGGAAGUGCGAAUCAUGUUCCGCCAGCGCUUCUUCACCGAUAAUGUGCCUGCUCUGGUCCAGGGCUUCCAUACUGCUCCCCAAGACGUGAAGCCGCAUUACCUGAAGGGCCUGUCUCAUGUGCUCAACAGGCUGCCCAAGCCUGUGCUCUUACUGGAGCUCCCCACGCUGCUCUCCUUGCUGCUGGAGGCCCUGUCCUGCUCUGACUGUGUGGUGCAACUCUCCACGCUCCGAUGUCUUCAUCCUCUUCUACCAGAAGCCCCACAGGUCAUGAGUCUCCAUGUUGACACCCUCGUCACCAAGUUUCUGAACCUCAGUUCUAGCCCUUCCAUGGCUGUCCGGAUCGCUGCCCUGCAGUGCAUGCAUGCUCUCACUCGCCUGCCCACUCCCGUGCUGCUGCCGUACAAGCCACAGGUGAUCCGGGCCUUAGCCAAACCUCUAGAUGACAAGAAGAGGCUGGUGCGGAAGGAAGCAGUGUCAGCCAGGGGAGAAUGGUUUUUGCUGGGAAGCCCUGGCAGCUGAGCUGGAAAUGCUAGUCCAGACUGUCCUGACAAUCUCACCUGGAAUGACUGACUUUGGAGCUGUCUCAUCCCUGGCAAGGAGACUGACAGACACAACACUACCGCUGGCCUUUGUUGUGUGGAAUUCUAAUGGCCUGCGUAGUGACUGAGCGUGUGACUACUUGUGUUUGAAGAAAGCUCCAUCCAGGGUUGCUUCCUGGUCUGUCAGCAAACAGAAGGCACGCCCCCUGAGAAGUGACUACAGAUGAAUGAGGCCCCAAGACCAGGGGUGGUGACCCGCCCAGACCUGCUGGGGAAUAAAGGUUUCUUUUACUAACA